AUGAUCCUCGUUUUUUUGGUGGGGGGUGCUCGAUUUGAUCCCUAUGCCCCCCCUGGUGUUCCUGCUUUUGAGCCUAAUCCAUUUGUCAGUUUGGAGACAAUAGAACCGAGAGAAAUUGAACUUCAAGGCCCUCAACCUUUUCAUCCUUCAGGUUUGGAGACAAUAGAACCGAGAGAAAUUGAACUUCAAGGCCCUCAACCUUUUCAUCCUUCAGGGGUGGUUGUUCCUCCAGUUUAUCCAACAGUUGGUUGUAGUGAUCUCCUCCCUGGGCCUGGUGCUGGAAUAUACCCUAUUAGGGGUGGUUUUGGUGGCAUGCUUGUAGGACCCAAUGAUCCUCGUUUUUUUGGUGGGGUAGGCGGAGAGCCUGGUUUCCCAGGGUGCUCGAUUUGA